AGGAGAACCGGAGAACGUUCGCCGCGCCGGUGAUACCGGCGGUCGUGCUUGUAGAGCCGGCGGUCUUUGCCUAGACAAAAGCUAAUGGCAAGCUCUAUUGCAAGCUUGGCAACGAAAUACGCACUACGCACACACGUAGCAUUCGCCGGCGCUCCUAUAUAAUGUGCACUGCUAAGCAUAUGGUUGGUGUGGCACUAACAGUAUUAAUAGUACGAAUUUAAAGGGUAAAGCUGGCACGCCGUUCCAACCGUAGUCGGCAUAUUCUGGCAUAGGCGGCGCUAGUGGGGUCAAGCUGAAGGCAGAAGGGCAGAGGUGGGAGCUGUGGGAAUCUGGGAGCGCGCACUAGCCACGGCCGCCACGGCGUCAGAGCGGCCGCAACCCCGCAGCAGCCUAAGGUUCGCGGGGGCCACAGUGGCCGCCAACGUAGUGCAGGGCAGAGUAGUACGUAGUAAGUACUUUGCAAUGCGUGUUGGCUGAUACCAUAGCUAGUACGGGUAGUACUGGCUCGCAUUGUUCAUGUGUCGCUGAAGGCUCCUGUGUGGCCACAUGCCCUCUGCGUCAGAAGCUGCCAGAAGAAAUAUUGUGCACGAAGGGCGACUGCGGACAUUGUGGUGUGCCUAGACAGCUUUCUCGUACAAUCUGUCUUGCCCUGGGCAAGUGGUCCACUUGACUUGCUCGAGUUUCUUGAGUACAGUCGCUGAAUUUAGAGCGCGGUACGUACCAUGGCGGAGAGCGGCCAAAUGCGGCUUUCUCACGAUGAGCUUUUGCAAGCGCACAGGAAGGAACGGAAAGAAUUGCAAGGCGCGGUCAAAUGCCAGCAGUACCACCUGAACACCCAGCAGUUUGAAGUCUGCUUCAGGAGACUCCAAUCUAUCCCAUUUCCCGCCAACAACAUUGUCUCGCUGCACCUUCAUGAGUUUCUUGCCAACUGUGCCAUCAAGCAUGGCAUAGCAGAGGACACUUUACUCCUGUGUCUUGUUACAGCCACAUCCCACCUUAUGGGUCUUUCAUCGUCAACAAAAAUUUGUCUGUCAUCGACUUGGCAAGAAAAUCCUGUGCUGUGGUCUUCUGUCUUGGUGCCAAGGGAACACAGUUGUCACAAUUUUGUCUGGACCCUACAAAAACUUCUUUGUGACUUGCACUCAGAACUGCCUUCCAGGGAUAUUGCAGCAAAGCCUGUAGUAGUGGAUGAAGCAUCAUGUACUAGCCUUACCAGGUUGCUGACGCUGCCACAGGUUGGGCCUGUUAUAGGUGCACAUACGUCUUUCGAGCAAGUAAAAUCUGUUUUCUCAUCUGUUGGGAAAGGAAAGUUUGAAAGACUUGCCUUGGGUGUGCCCGUGCUGUGGUGUCCGGUAACUUCUGAUGUCCCUUUCUUGAGUGAAGCACGUUUUAAUCUUUGCUGUAUCACAGACCCAUAUACUUUUCAUUCUGUUCUAUCUUCAAAGCUGUAUGAAAACUUGGAAUUCCAGGAAUGCAUGUGGCCUAAUGUUCUCCUUGCUUGUGGUCAUGAAAGAUCACUGGACCUGGCCACUGUAUAUGAACAGGUAGCAGAUGUGGAGGUAGACAGGUUGAAAGCCUUGCUGCUUUCCAUUGCAGAAGCACAUUGCUUACCUGUGCAGUACAAGUUAUCAGAGGAAGCAAGGUGUGUUCUUCCACAACUUAUGUCGAAGUUCAAGCAGCUGGCAUUAAGUUGGAAUUGCCGAGUUGCACUGUUCAAGACAGCCACUAGUCAGAUCUUUCGGUUGGCUGCAGCACUAUAUGUUUUGGAUGGUUGUCUUAGUGCAGCGAUUCAGCCUGACAUACGCGAGUAUGAAAUACCUGCAGCACAUGUUUGGGAAGCACAUGACAUAGUUAUGCACACAUUGCGAAUUAAAGCAGAGUUUCUUGAAUGUCCACUUCGAGAUGAGUUGUUCCACACUGUUGAGAGCCCCAGAACAUCCCAUCAGAGCAACAGCUUUCAGCAUUGUGCAAAUGGAACAGUAUCCAAUAUUUCUGUUUCGUCAGUUUUCUGUGUGGCACCUGAUGUACAGGUGCAGUCGAACCACGAGCAAGUUCCAGUACCUGUUCCAAUUCCUCGUGAGCUUUCUGUGUCUAUUGUUCAAUCGCCAGCGCGGGACAAUGAGCUCAGUGGUUCACACAUCUCACUACCUGAGCAACAAGAAUCCUUCAUUUCAUUCAGCUCUAUUAUUCCAGAUUCGCAAGAGGAGUUUGUGGACAAAUUUCACUACAAAAUCAGGCGGCUACUAAUAUGUGGGAAGACCCUUCUCACACCAACAUUAGUGGCACAGAUGAAAUAUGUUUCAGUCACUGAUCCAAACAUCCCUGGGAAGCCACGCUACCCCACACAACUUGCUGCCCUUUUUCUUGAGCGAGUUGCUGCCUUGGGAUUUGGCACCAUGCUAACACGACAUGACAGCCACUCCAAAAAGCUGUUGUUUCGGAAAACAGACUAUCAGCAUCUUGGUCAAGCUCAGCUAAAACUUCUUCAGAACCUUCGUGUGACCAGAGAACAGUAUUCGCAAGGCUGUCAGCGACCACGUGCAGCUUCAUAUUGGGAAACUGGAUCAGGUGUACCCGUCCGCUUGCCACAUUCACCACAGAGUCUUCCCGUCAAGCAAGAGGUCAUCGACAUAAACUAAGGAACAGAGCAGAGUUUUUUAUGUGUCGUUUAUUAAGUGAUAUGCCCUUUCCAGCUGCACUACUGCAAAGUAGCAGUGUUAGUUUCCAAGCUAAAGCCAUGACCUCAACUAUUUAGAGACUGCUGCCACCAAAUACCUGAUUUUUGUAGACGGUAAGCUCCUCAGGUGUCGGUCAUCUGUUAAUCCUUAGCAGGGGUUUCCUAAUUUAAUUGUUUCUAUGUUUCUGCAUUGCACAUUGUGGACCAUUUAAACAUUUAUACCAUUGAUUGACAUGACUGGCUCGUGAUGUUUGGAUGUUCAUCCAUCUUGUGAUGACUGCGCAGUGCAUGAGUUACUCUUUUCAUUCCAAGAGUAGUUGUAGAAAAACUAGACAUGGCUCAUUAUUUAUCUGCAUGACUUUCAAAGUUCACUUAUCCAUUGACAGCUUACAAUUAAAUCUGCAUGUUAUGCACCUCAAGUAUAUUGGUUGCGAGUGACAGUUUUAGUGGAAGGCGUUCAGUGUGUGUGUGUGUGUGUGUGUUUGUGUGUGUGUAUAUAUAUAUAUAUAUAUA